CCCAUGACAACACAGUAGAGCACAGUAUUUAACAGUGCAGUACAGUAGUAAGGAUGCAACUUGUGUUUCCCUGAAACUCUCAGUCUGUCCAAUAGGUGGCAGUAUCAUACUCUGUCAACUGCUCGCGAAGAAGCGUGUUAUAUGACGUCAGGCAGAAGUAAGCAUAAACAAUACUGUAUAAGAGGCUUUCGAUUUAUACUGUUUGUUUCGGAGCAUCAUUUUUUGACGUCUUAUCAACACAUGGAUACUAUACAGGCUCAAACGAAUAUAUUAGUUAUAGUACAACGAGUGUCGAUUCCCUGCGAUCAAAAACGAAAUAAUGGCCACUUCAUCCAGACGAACGGACCAGCGUAGCUCAAAGGGGGAAAAGAAGAACAAUCAAGUCAUUUAGGUCAUGCGUUAUCGUGUAUUUUCAGUAUGGCUCGGCUCAGGUCGUCCAGGAUUCUUUCUCGGGACAACCCUCCUGGUAGCGCUCAUCUUGAUGGUGUAUGCUGCAGGUCCCCAAACGAGUCUCAGUUUAGGUCCAGGUGGACACUUUCCACGUUUCAGAGACGUGUUCCUGUACGCUCUCAAUCAUGACGAUUUGCCUUCUCUGCUCGUCAGCGUUUCUCUGCUGCUGCUGUUCGGACCACGUCAAGAGCGUCUCUGGGGAACAGUCGCAUACCUUGGCCUCGCCACCCUGACAAUGACCGUAUUACCUCUUAUUUACACAUUGGUCAUCUUUGUCUUCAGUCUUGAGGCCAGUCGAGUGUGUGGCUAUGCUGCCAUUCAGCUGGCAUUGUUUACAGCCCAGUGCCGUCACGUGACAAAAAGGCGACUGCAGGGCUGCUUGCCAGUUUGGAUUCUGCCCUGGUUGCUGUUGCUGCUUUGUCUGAUCGUGGUGCCCGGGACACCUGCCCUACUUAACUUCUGUGCCAUAUGCAUCGCUCAUAAUUAUAGUCCCAGCCUCAUUGGGAUGUUACAGGAGCUGGAGAAAGCCUAUGUCCUAACCUUCAUUCCCACUUCAGCGUAUAUUCUCACUUCAUCCAGACUGAGAUUGCCAACCUACAGCUCCUCACAAAUUUCCAGAUCAUAUUCUCAGUUUAUGCAUGAAGAUCAUGCAACACCAUCUCCCAUGAGUGCCCCCUUAUCAUUGAACCACCAUCCGUGGGAGGAGCCACUGUCUGGUUGGAGGCCAGAGUCUGAAGCAGAGGUGGUGGAAGAACAGAUGCUGAGGGCUGGAAUACUUGCCUCCUUACAGGAUGUCCCAGAGGAAGUGAAUCGAAAAGUAGAGGUGCCAAAAUCCUCUGUUUCUGCCCUGAGACUCCAGCAACUGGAGAAGAUGGGCUUCCCCACAGAAAAAGCUGUAGUGGCGCUUGCAGCAUCAAAACAGCUGGAUGGCGCUAUUUCCUUACUCAUCGACAACCGUGUUGGAGAGCAGGCUGUGGUGACAGCAAAGGGGAAGAAGACUACCCCACUCAAAAGCCCUGAGUUGACUCAAAACUGACAUGGAGACUGAAAAACUGUUGGCCUUCAUACAGCAAACUCGACAUUGCAUUUUUAUUCCUUCUCUGAAAUAAACUCUUUCACAUGAUUUCAGACAAGGGAUGGGA